AUGCGUCUGUUGGUUCUUCUUUUGAUGACGGCCACCUCAGCCACAGGCAUAAAAUUCCCAUGCGGUCCCAGUUUCACUCCAUGUGAAACGAAAGCGUUCGGUCUCAGAAAUUUAAGAGAAAGCGCUCUCGAAGGAAGUAAAACACUGCUCGGGGAUGACGAAAAGAGAUUUGCAGCGCAGCUUGAGAUUUCAAAAGUAAUGAGUCACAAUCAGCUGAUUUCGGAAGCCAGAAAGGCAAAAGAAGAAAUCGAGAAGCUUUUCAAUCAAACUGAAAAGCAACUUCAAAGGGUUACGUCAGAAAGCACUUUUUCGACGGCUGAACUCAUCUGGGCUCAGUACACGAAAGGCGAUCGUUACUCGAAGUAUCUCUCGUUUUCUGCACUGAUCUCCGUAAUGGCCACACAGAGAAUAGCCAAGUAA